CGUCGUCCCGCUGUUCUGGGCAGACCAACUUCCAUUCCGUGUAUUGUCUUCUUCCAAAGUCAAUUGUCUCGCUCUCUGGAAAUGACUGAAGGAGGCUUAACGGUGCUGGACGGAACCGCACUCCGAUCGCUGGCUUUCUCUCCGAUUGAGCUUAAUGGCGUUAUCACCGGAGCCCACCUUCUCGAAAUCGCAGACACCAAGGCGUCGCAGUCCCUCUUCGGCAUCCAAUUGCCCCAGAAUAUCAAAAACUCAGCUCUCGCUCGUGUCGUCUGCUGCGAUGAUGAGUCAACUUUUCGGCGGAGAGAGCUUACUGCGGAACAAGCCUCCAAGACUUUCUCUGAUUAUCUCUCCACCAUUGCCGAUCAGCUGAAAGAUGAACCACUUUUGAUCUCGAUUUUGAAUGGGAGUACUCCAAAGAGCUAUUUGGAGGAUGAAGACGAUUUUGCCAUGUUAGCCGAGGAUCUUUUCACUUGUUUGGAUGCAGAAGAUAAAGGAAAGAUUUGCAAGAGUGAAAUAAGGAAUGCACUUGUUAGCAUGGGAGUUGAAAUGGGCAUCCCCCCUUUUUCGGAAUUUCCUUUGCUAAAUGACAUCUUGAAGAAACAUGGAGCCGAGGGAGAAGAAGAGCUGGGUCAAGCACAAUUUGCUGAAUUACUGCAGCCUAUCGUACAAGAAAUAGCAAAUGUGUUAAGUGAGAAACAUGUUGUUGUCAUCCAUGAUGUCAAGGUUGUCAAUGGUUCUAAGUUAAGAAAGAUUUUGGCAGAUGAAAAGCAAUUGAAGAGUGUCAUAGAGAGGAUUUUUCAUGAAAAGGACUCUGGAAACAAUAAGCUAGGAAAGACACAGUCAAUCCGGAAUUUCCUUGAGAAAAAUGCAAAAGAGUUGGGCUUGCCACCAGCAGAUUCUAAUGAGGCAGCUGCUAUUGUCUAUGAUGCAGUAUUUUCUGAUGUAGAGAUUGAAAACAGCUCUGUAGAAGAGGAUAAAUUUACAGAACUUGUCAAGGAUAUCCUUCUGAAAUUUGCAGAGCAGCUUGAAGCCAAUCCAAUCUAUUUUGACCUCGAUAACUAAGGUGGCAAUACUGCAAUUCUUGCUUAUCUGGCAUUACUUAUUCCAUCUAAGUCUUCCUAUUUACAUUUUAUACAUGAUGAUCUAGCCUUUGUUAUAUGUCUCAGAUUCAUUUGCUUCCUCUUUGACCCUUCCGGUUGGAUAUCAAAUUUACUGCGGUACAAAAAGGGAGCCUCUGUCUAUGUUUACAGUCUUGGAGAGUAUUUGUAAUGUUUUUGUCUCUUAUCAACCCAUAAGAAAACACCAUGGAUGAGAUUUUGCCAUCUUCCUGAAAAAAUUAUUGAAAAUAAAACACAAUCCAAAAGAUUUCAAAAAUGUAGUUGGUUGUGAAUUUGUGAUUAUGUGCCUUGUAUGCAUGUAACUGCUACUGGAUUUCAAGUUAUCUGAUGUGUGUCUACAUGCCCUCUUAUCAGCCUCUCCAAAAUGAACUUGAGGGGAGAAC